GUCACCAGCAGUCCCAUGAUGGUUCAGCGACUGGGACCUAUAUCACCUCCUGCAAACCAGGUCUCAACAGCAUGCAACCAGAUCAGUCCUAGUUUACAGAGGGCUAUGAAUGCUUCAAACCUGAAUAUACCUCCAUCAGAUACAAGGUCCCUCAUGUCACGUGAGUCUCUGGCCUCUACAACAUUAAGCCUGUCGGAAAGUCAGUCAACGCUGAGUGUGAAACAUGAGUGGUCUCAUGGGUACAGGAUUCUUCCUUCCCUUCCUUCCAACCAAGGAUCUCAAAAUGGCAGUGAGCUAGGGGACAUACUGAGUAUACCACCUGGAACAUCCAUGUCCAACAACAAUGUAUCUAACUCAUUACCCUCUUACUUGUUUGGUAUGGAAAAUAACCAUUCCCCUUACCCGAGCCCUCGCCAUUCUUCAACCAGAUCUCAUUCAGCCCGCUCCAAAAAAAGAGCCCUCUCUCUGUCUCCUUUGUCUGAUGGCAUUGGGAUUGACUUCAAUACAAUCAUCCGUACAUCCCCAACCUCUCUGGUUGCCUACAUCAAUGGUUCGAGGACAUCGCCAGCGAACAUAUCCCCGCAGCCUGAGGUCUAUGGGCAUUUCUUGGGAGUAAGAGGAAGCUGUAUUCCCCAGCCUUGCUCUAUUCCAAACACUCAAAAAGGUCUUCUUAUGGCUAACAGUAACAUCACCCUCCCAGGUUAUGGUGAAAAUGGGACUGUGGAAUACCAGCGGAUGCAGCAGUUGGAACAAAGUAGCUUGCAGUCGGCAGUCAUGAACAACAUGGUGGUUCAACAAGGUAUGCCUCUGAUAGACAGCCAGCCAAUGGGCAUGUUAAAAAGUGAACGUGUGGAUGAUUUUUCAAGCAGCACAAUUGACAUGCCGCCUCCUCCUCCCCCUCUACCACCUCCUCCACCACAAGGUCCACCACCCCCUUACCAUGCACAUCAACACCGACAUCAGCAUGACCUCAUAAACCAUUCCCAUCAACUUGCCUUGCCUUCCUCUGCCCAGGGCCCUCUGUUGGAUGAGGAUGGUGAAUUAGAUGAUUUCAAUGGUAAACACUGCUGUCGCUGGAUAGAUUGCAGUGCUCUGUAUGACCAGCAAGAGGAACUUGUGCGGCACAUAGAAAAGGUUCAUAUAGACCAGAGAAAGGGAGAGGACUUCACUUGUUUCUGGGCAGGAUGCCCUCGAAGAUACAAGCCAUUUAAUGCCCGUUACAAACUGCUGAUUCACAUGAGAGUUCAUUCAGGAGAGAAGCCAAACAAAUGCACGUUUGAGGGCUGCAAGAAGGCCUUUUCCAGACUAGAAAAUCUCAAGAUUCAUUUACGAAGCCACACAGGAGAAAAGCCCUACCUUUGUCAGCAUCCAGGCUGUCAGAAAGCAUUCAGUAACUCCAGCGAUCGAGCCAAGCAUCAGAGGACACACUUGGACACUAAACCUUAUGCAUGUCAGAUUCCAGGAUGUACUAAGCGAUACACAGACCCAAGCUCCCUGAGAAAGCAUGUAAAGGCACAUUCUUCCAAAGACCAACAGGCCAGGAAAAAGUUGCGAUCAAGCUCAGAGCUUGACCAGGACAUCCUCAACGAUUGCCUCACUAUUCAGCCUCUCCAACCAGCCCCUUCACCACAUGAUGCUGCAGACAAUACCAUGGGACGAUCGCCAGGGCCUGUUCAUGACAUCUACACAGCUACAAUGUUCUCCAGUACUCACUCAAGUCGGAGUGGAACGGCUGCUGGGGGUGGUCCACCAUCACAUCCUGUCAGUCACCCUUCUCCAGGGCAUAAUGUACAGGGUAGUCCUUGCAACCCACCAUCCCAGUUACCUCCUCUCUCAGCUGUAGACUCAGGCACUGAAAGGUUUGCAGCUCCUGCUCCAUCUCCCCACCAUAUCAGCCCCAGGAGAAUUCCAGUUCCCCCUCCCAUGAUGCAGAGACGGACACCCCAGACUCCCCAUCUCCUGCAGACUGCGGGAACACAUCUGAAGACGUACCAGCCAAUAACAAACCCCUCUUUUCAACCAAACAGCAUCCACAUCCAAGGCUUUUAUGGGCAACUACAGACUUUCUGCCCUCCACAUUACACUGACGCUCAGAGGAACAUACAACAUGGCGGCUCUUGUAAUAUGGUCCCUCCUUUUGAAGACUGUCUAGUUCCCACAUCGAUGGGCCAGGCGGGGUUUGAUGUUUUCCACAGAGCUUUUUCAGCACAUUCUGGUAUUACAGUUUAUGAUCUUCCAUCAGGGUCAACAGGUAUCUUUGGUGAUUCAUUGCGCAAUGGGUCUGAGGACGCCAGUUUCCUUCAGAUAAAUGCAGUGGAUCGUUGUCCUAGCCAGCUUUCCUCUGUCUAUACGGAAGGCUAA